AUGGCGGGCGCGGCGCUGGCGCGGGCCGCGCAGCUCUGGUCGCUGCUGGACGAGAUGGCGGAGAAGGAGCCCCAGGCCUACCGCCGGCUCCUGCGGCGGCAGCGCGCCGAGGCCGAGCGGCUCUGCGCCCCGCCGGAGCCCCACCUGUGCCUGCGGGCCCGUCCCGCGGGCCUUGUCGGGGGGCCGCUGUUCAUCAACGUCUGCAGCUGGAAGAGGGUCCCGGCGCCCAAGGCCCCCAGGGACCCCACACCUGUCAGCGCGGGGCGGCUAGAAGAAGUAUGCGGUGAGGGAGACCUUUACAGCGUUAUAGAUAUUGCAUAUAACCCAGAUGUUCUUCAGAGGGGAGAAGAAAACCCAGAGAAAAUGGAACACUUGAUCCAUUUGACACUUAAAUUUGUUGAGGAACGAUGCAACCUUAUUCUUUCUUAUCCGUACACCAUUGAAUCAUUCAAAUUCAAAGGAAGCCUGGAAAUGAUGCAGCAACGUCUGAAAGGAAGGCAGGUGCCAACUCCGCAUCUCAGUGAGAACACAAAGAAGGAACUGACACUUGAUCAGCUGCUACACACUAUGGAAGCUGAGGACUGCAGCAAUGCUCCUGUGCUGCUGAAGGAAGAAAGCACGACACACUCUAAAAUGCAUCUGAUAGAGGAAAUCACCAGUACUGAAAUGCCAGAGAAGCUGAGUACCCCUGUCUAUGAAAUGAUCACCGUGAAGGAUGCAAACAAGAAACCGCUCAAAAUUGAACUCAAAAUUGAAUUGCCUAAGGUUAGCUCUGUUUCUGAGUGUGAUCUGAGAAUUUCAAAGGAUGACAUAAUCAUUGAAGUCCCUGAAAAAUACAAAUUACAACUAGAUCUGCCAGAAUUGGUGGACGAAGAAACAACUACAGCAGUAUUUAACAAAGGAAAACGGGUAUUGUUUAUCACAGUGCCGGUUGCCAAGCCAGAUCCUUAAAGACUGCAUUCUGUCCAGUUCAUGUUCACAUGUGACAGAAGAAAACAAAACCCCAAAAUGAGAAUCCUAACUUUUACAUGGCAAGGAGUGGUUUUUUUUUUUAAUUGACCUUCUAAUCUUCAGAGGUGACUACCUCAAAUGCCUUUAGAAUAUGCAUGUAGAAAAGAACGUCUGGAGGAAUACUAGCACCACCAAACUUAGGAAAAAGAAUAAGUAAAGAUUGUAAAUAUUCAAGGAGUACUUGAAUAUGUUAACAGCUGUAGUAAAGAACCAUAAAUGCAUACAUGCUUUACUACAUCAUUUUGCCUUAAGGUACAACAACAGUUAUGAAGUCUUUUUGCUAAAUAAAUUGAUUACUGGAUUCACAUGG